GGGUAGCGCUCUCAAGCAACGGAAAAGCCGACCUGAAAAUAACGUUGAAUGCUAAAAGUGAUUGAAGAACGAGAUGGAUGUGUGUAAACGAAUGCUGAUUUUAUGGCUAACUUGUUCGCUCGGACCUAUGCUGUCUAUCCAGAUGUGCGAGGUCAUGUGGGAGCUGGAGGCAGAAAAAAUGGAGUGUUUGUCCAGGCUGGAAAAUAUUACUGCAGGUUGUCCAGGUGAAUGGGACCUAGCAUGUUGGCCAUCAGCUAGGGCUGGAGAGAUAGUCACCAUCCCCUGCCCAAAGUACUUCAGCCAUGUCAGUGAUCAGAGAGGAAACAUAUCCAAGAGCUGCACUGCAAAUGGCUGGACAGAAAUAAGCCCAGUUGUUAUCGCCUUCAACUGUGGCUACGACCCCAAUAUCACGGAGGAUGGAAACAUGGGUGACUUCCUGGGCUCUGUGAGAAUUGGAUACACCAUUGGUCAUGCCGUGUCUCUUAUAUCUCUCAUCAUUGCCAUUGUCAUACUGUUCUUUUUCAGAAAGCUCCACUGCACCAGGAACUAUAUCCAUAUUCACUUGUUCAUUUCCUUUAUAUUAAAAGCUAUUGCUGUAAUAAUGAAGGAUGUAGUUCUGUAUGAAGUGGAGGAACCCGAUGAAUGCCAACAUGGAUCUGUGGGCUGCAAGGCAGCGGUGGUGUUCUUUCAGUAUGGAGUUAUGGCAAGUUUCUUCUGGUUGCUAGUGGAGGGUCUUUAUCUUCAUGCUCUCUUGACUGUAUCUUUCUUCUCUGAGAGGAAGUACUUCUGGUGGUACAUUCUGAUUGGCUGGAGCGUGCCGGGUGUCUUCAUAACAAUCUGGAGCAUCACAAAAGCAUAUUUACAUGAUAUUGGAUGCUGGGAUUUUAUUGAUGAUGAUCUUUGGUGGAUUAUAAGAACUCCUACUUUGAUAACAAUAUUGAUGAACUUCAUUCUCUUCAUUUGUAUCAUACGGAUACUUCGUCAGAAAAUCAGCUGCCGAGAUAUCGGGAGAAAUGAGUCAAACCAGUACUCGAGAUUGACAAAAUCAACUCUACUUUUAAUUCCUCUGUUUGGAAUAAACUACAUUAUCUUUGCCUUUAUGCCUCAUCACAUACAGUCUUCUGUGCGUUUGGUGUUUGACUUGAUCCUUGGGUCCUUUCAGGGAUUUUGUGUUGCUGUCCUGUACUGUUUUUUAAAUGGAGAGGUUCAGUCUGAAAUCAAGCGAAAGUGGAGGCGAUGGCACAUGCAGAGGUUUCUGGGAUCUGACACCAAGUACCAGCAUCCCUCAAUGGGAAGCAAUGGCAACAACUUCAGCUCCCAAAUCACCAUGAUGACCAAAUGUAGCCCCUCCACACGACGGGCCUCCGCCUGCCAGGAUGAUUUGUCCCCCGUCUGAUCGAUGAUGAGAGACCAAUGAGUCUGCGCUCUACACACACAAGGCGACUGCCAUCCACGUCUCAAUCAUCUCCAAGGUUGCAGCUCAAUUCCUGUAGGAUUCACAUCACAUCUCACUGCUCCGUAGGAAAGCAAGCACCUUUGUGCUCAUGGUGUUGGAUUGGCAUGUGGUGUACAUGAACGGUUCAGUCAUAAUUAUGGAUUUUUAUAGCCGUGAUCUCUUCAUAAACAUUCACUAGAAGAGAACUCAAAGACCAUGUCAUAAUGUAACUAUUUUUGACAUUUGAAUGUUUAAAGCACACUACUGAUUCCAAACAGCAAGGACACUUUCAGUUUUUAUUAAAAAAUUCCAUUCAGUGAGCACAUUCUGGAUCUUCAGUUCUCACUAAGCUAUACAGACUUUUGCUGAAGAAUAUCGUGGACUGCAUAAAGGAGAAGGAUGUACAUUUGAAUUGUGGUUGCCAUCCAUAAACAGCCACUUAUACACAACGGCACGCUCUGUAAUCCUAGGCAUUAGUGUUUGCUGUGUGUCUGUUAUGGCAUACUGAUCUGUUGUUCCGCUAUCCCAUUCCCUUAUUAUGCUGCUUAAGAUUCCCCAGACUCUUAAUAAACUGUAAAUCUGAAUUGUGACCUUUCUGUCUUUUGUAUCUAGUUUUGUUAUUCCGUAAGAAAUAAUGUGACGAUUGAACAUUUUGCUAAUAUCUUGUAUAUAAAUCCUAACAAUUUGUGUCAUCAUGUGAUUAGAUCUUGGUGUACAUGCAUGUGAACAGAAUCAACGCAUAUUGAGAGUUGUGUCUUUUACUGCAGUGUAUAGUGUGUCAUCAUAGAUUAUGUUUACAUCAAUCAUUUGAAAACGUACAUAUGUUGUGUAACGUGUUGCAUAUGGAAAAUUCUCAGAGAUGUCUUCUUAAACAGCACCUAUUGUCCGAUUCACGUUUUUUAAAUUUCUUUUGGUGUGUAAGUGUGUAUUAGUACAUGUUAACGAUAUGCAAAAAGUACAAACCCCAAAGUAAAUAAUGACACGAGUAUCGUUUCCAACAUAAAUCUCUUUUCUUGGACUACAACAAACACACAGAUUGUAGGCAACAGUUUACUUCCUGGGAUUGGUGACUCACAGCCUGUAAGUUAACUCCUGUUAGCAAACAAAUCUUUUAAACAUGGUAAGGAGCGUCACAUUUCCGGCUGAGAUCAGAGGUUUUCAGGCCAAUCACAACGUACAGAUUAGCUGGCCAAUCAGGGACACAGCGCUUUUCAAAUCCGUGCGUUUCAGGAAGAGAGUGAAAUCUGGGGUUACAAAAUGAUGUUUUUUAAUCAUAAACCACGCGAACACAUUGUAUUUUACCAAAUACACAAAAUAACGUUGUUUUUAGCAAUUAAAAAGGUGCUCUUUAAAAGACAGUAUUUGGUCUCUCUUUCUGUCAAAAGAAUGUUUGUUGUGCAACCUACAGUAGCUGUUGCUGCUAGCUUGACCUAGAAAUGGCCUUGCAUGUUUACAUACACAGUUUUUUAUCCAAAUGUAAUUAAGAUAAAGAGUCGAGAGAAAAAAACUUGUAGUAUUGGGCUAUUUUUAAACGUCUUGUAGAUUUUGUUGUAAAAAGAAAACAGAUCAGUUUGGACAUCUUUUAACUUUUAAGUGUUUACUGUAUUAUGCUCGUGGCUGCUGGAUAGUAGGGGAGAGCAGGGCACAACCUAAUGCUUUUUGGCUUUGGCUCUAUCAUUCAAAAAUAUUCAAGUUAGAUAAAUAAUUGUUUUACACCAUCAACACACACAUCUCUGCUACAAGUGAACAGCAGAGUUCGUUUGUGGAACCUGCUGUUGUCGUACAAAUUCACUGAAAGGGACAGGAGUGCAAAUGUUACAACUUACCCCAUAGGUGGGGUUAAUUGUAACAAACAGAGGGUUUGUUGUAACACCUGCAAGAAAAUUUGGUUAAAAGACAAAUAAUUCAAUACAAUUCUGUCUAUAUACUUAAUGUGGAUAUUGUUUAUAUAUCUGCUAUAAUAGAUGAAUGUGUGAAUAUCUAUCCAUUCAUGAUCCUUCAUCUAACCAUCUUUGUAUUAUGCAUCAAUGACAAAAAAUAUCAUAAUUGUAAGUUUUUUCCCCUGAAAUUGUAUUAACAGUUAUCAUUAUUAAUUGUUUUCAUUUUAUUAUCAUUGUAUAUUGGAGGCUUAGUUGUAACAAUGUGUUACAACUAACCCCGCUUUGUAAAAAAAAUUUCCAAUCCCAGCUAUCAGUUACUACUGUAGGAGUUGUUGACAUGUUUUAAAAUUGUGUUAUGUUUUAGGUAAGACAGUGAUUCAAAUAAUAUAAGGUUGGAUUUGGUGACUAACACACCCAACUUAGAAAUCGAAAAAACUUAAAAUGAAGAAAUGUACUUUUAUGACUCCAAAGCACUUUUUUUUCAAUAUCUUAACCAACACAUAAAAACUUUUCACAAAUUGUCAGGAGAUCAUCUUCUGACAGAAAGAGAAAAAGACCAAAAGCACAGAUUGCUCGGCCCGGUAGAAAUAUGUAAAGUUGCUGCGUUACAAUUAACCCUGCGUUAGUUUGUGCCCCGCUCACCCCUACACUUUGGCAUCCCAUUACUUUUGUUAAAAAUUAUUACGAGUGCAAAUUUAUGUGCUUUUGGUGUGAGAAAUGUUGUAAUUUAAACAAGUUUUGACCUUUGUUGUAUUCAACAAUUAAA